CUACGUGCUGGGGCUUCCUUACCAAAACCAUAAAAUCCAACAGGGUCGGCCCAGUUCAGGCUCGCUUCGUCAAUCGUAGGGAUUUGAGACCAAAAGCAGGGAUGAAACGUUGUAUUCGAGAUAAUUGCGUUACAGUAGAAUGACUUAUUAGGGAUCUGGCAUUUGCCUAAACGAUUUACAUUCUUUUCUGGUCUGAAGUGUGGUUGUCAGCUAUUUAUAUUGUGUUCAAGUGUGGCAGUUUGAUUGAUUGGUGAGAAACUUGUUGACGAAUUUAUUCCUACACAUAAAUGGAGUUGUAAAGGACGUGCAAAGAAGGACAUUGUUGAAACAUUCGGUCUGUUGUGAAACCAAUACACAGCUACGAAAACCGCGUUAACGAACACCUUCGUCAGAAGGUGACAUACGAAUUUUGUGUAAACAAACCAGCAUUGCCAUAAAUGAAGUAGGAUCGAAUGAUAUUAAGAUUACAACAGAUGCUUAACGGAACAAGAUUUUAACGGGAUAGCUGGUACUUGAGUUUGGAUUUGUCGAUCAACUGUCGUGGUGUUGAUGAUUGGCAAUACAUCAUGUACAAGUUCUUGAAAACCGUGCAAACCAAAUGAAACCCUAGCCUUAUUGGAGUUAUUUUCAGCUCAUUUCGAUCCGGAUAUGCAUACAAUCGGGACAAUUUGGAUUUUAUCAGCCACUGUAUUUCGUAUGGUUUUACUUGGGAACCCGUUCAGCUUCCUCGACGAUCAGCAAGCUGACUCAAGUCGACGAAGCGAGAGCAGUUGUACUUGCUCGCCGCAUUCAACAGCGCAUGAAGAUUUCAACAAAAAUAAAGAUGCCUACAAAUUCUGUCAUCAAAUUCACACGACUCUCAGCUGUUUGAAUGGACUGCGAAAAAACAAAAAUUGCAGUUUAAGUUUAUACAUGAGAACUCUUUACACUGGGACAGCGUGGCAGUUCAAGAAAUAUAAUUGUUUGACUGUUUUGAAGGGAGGAUAUUCAACGUUAUCCCCAGCUUCUCCAGCCUCGCCAGCUUCUCCGGGCGUCACAAGGCCUAGGGAAGGAAGCCAGACUCGUGGGCCUAGCACGAACAGUCGAUGUGUUUACAAGACGAAAUCAGUGGAGUCUCUGCACUGUGGUUUGUUUGGAGAUCCACAUUUGAAAACUUUUAGUGACAAACGCCAAACAUGUGUUGUUAAAGGAGCAUGGCCCAUGCUGAAUAAUAAAUACUUUGCUGUACAAGUUACAAACGUUCUCAUCGAUCGGAAUAAUCCUGUGGCUACCGCAACAUCAAAGAUCACCGUGCUUAUAAAGAAAAGCAAACAUGGUUGCACUCGUCAGAAAGUUUAUCAAGCACAGGUCGGUUACGUGCCAUCAACAUUCAGGGACGGUACGAUUGAAACAGGCCCGGCAAACUGCAAAACACGUUUAGUUAAAGAGCCUAAUGCAGAUGGCGUGAGACUGUAUAUUUGCUACUUGAAUACUACAAUUCUAAUUCGCAAAGUUGGAAAAUAUCUUACGUUCAACAUCCGGACUCCUGAGAAUUACGUCCGGCAAUCACGCGGGCUCUGUGUGACCGGAUGUCCGUUAAGUGAGAUGAUCGACUAUAAUGGAUUCUUUGGAGAGCACCCUAACAGUGUGCUAUUUGGGUCAGCCCAGCCAGCCAUGAGGCAGAUUGAUGCUGUUAACCAAUGCAAAAAGGCCAACUUGACUGAUUUUUACUAUGACUCCUGCGUUUUUGAUCUUAUUAGCACGGGAGAUAGUAGAUUUUCCAACGCUGCGUUCCGCGCAAUGCAGGACGCCGUAGCAAUGGACCCAAAACUCAGACUUCGGCGGUCAAACAGUGUUGUCUUAACUUACCUUGACGGAGAGAGAAGUAAUAAACCCCUAAAGACGAGCUUGGGUGAGUCAGUGUUGCCAACAUCCUUAUGUAUAGUUUUGCCAGUUCUAUUAUGGUUCCUGACAGGGAGCUAGUUGCUGUUGUGUUGCCAGUUACAAGCAUUUUCAUCGUAAAUGUUUUUAACACUUAAUUUAUUGCAAGCACAUUACGAGAAAAUCAACCGACUGGCUUACUUACCAUCACGUGAUGAUCCAAGCAUCCUCCAAUCAGAAAUGCGUUGCCUUGACUACCUGUGAUGCCACCUUCCUUGAAUGUGGAAUUUUGGAGAUGCAUGUUGUAUGUGAAGAGGGAAAGAGAAUAUCCUCUUAGGCUACAAUGGAUUGAAGGGGUCUUGAAGAAUUUCAGACAGCAGCUUGUUAUUACUGGUAUCAGGAUUAUUUGAGGAGAUAAGAUGGUUAAGGAGAAGGUGGUGAGUUGCUAAUCAAGUGGCUUGUUAUCCUGCCAUGAGCCAGGUAGCCAAAGGCCUCUACGUAUAUUCUACGUGAAUCUCUCAAGAUUUUGUUGUACAAUUCUUGAUGUAAUAUUAUGUACUUGUGUACCCUAAGUCAGCUCAAAGCAAAAUUAGUACCAAUAAGCUAUUGAGUAGAUUCUUUAUAUUGCAAUUUGAUUUAUUAUUACAAUCAUCCCCCCAGAUGCAAGCUUUGGUUCUAACUGCCUGCGAAUUUUCCCCAGUUCUGUUUUUGCCAUUAAUCUGAAUCUUCUGAAUCACAUUAUAUUAUAAAACAUAAAACUGAAAAAAUAACACAUUUUGGAUGCUUUAAAGUCUUAAUAUAAAACUCUAUGCACAUUCAAUGCUAAUUACCUUCAGAAAACCAGGCCUAAAAGCUAAAAAAUAGAUGCCUUUAAAAGAUGUCCUUACAAUGGAGACUGGGACAGUUGAAAGUUGAGGAAACUCACACAUGACAACGUAUAUCGAUGAUAGAAAGACUCGUUUCACUCCAUGCUUAGAUAUUUUGUAAAGUUUUGGAAAAUAAUCUACAGAAGCAAUCCGUUUAAGGCAGAUUUUGCUGUAUCUUACGGACUGUGUUGGUACUGUUUGAGAUAAAGAUGAUAGCCAGUCACUGUGUCAUAAGAAAUUGCACAAAAUUUUUGCGAUGAUUCUCUUUGAAAAUGGAAUAUAAAGCAAGCAACACGAUCUUAGUUACGUCAAAGUUAUCCAAAAUACCAAGGUCAUUGUCUAUUUGGUUAUUAAUAGGUGACUUGAAAUUAAGUUGAUUAGACUCGAUAUCCUUCAAAAUUAAUUCAACACCAAUUUGCUAACGAAGAAAACUGAAUAGGAGAUUUUUCAAUCUUUAAAAGGAAUGCAUAUUUUCCGUUAAGAAGCUCAGUUGCCCCCAGGAUCCGUCUUAGCUUUGAUUUGGUGGUUGUCGCCCUAUCUCGGGAUCUCCAGUUUCCUAUCCUUUCGUUAUCGACUUAUUUCAAUUUUUGUUUGGUUAAUCUCUCUUUCAAACCCGCUAAUCCUAAAUGCAAAACUAAUCUUACACUUACAGUAAUUGCUCAUGCGCAUAGGCGGGUUGACCAGGCAAAACCAACCAUUUUCACGUCCAUCAGCCAUGAUAGUGGUAUUGCCAGUCAUGCUUUGUUUUAUUGUAAAUAAGGACGAAAUUUUCCACUACAAGCACUACCUGGAGGAAGUUGCGUAAUAUUGACAUGGAAAUUUUUAUCAGCCAAACCUCCAAUCAAUCAUUCCGAAUUCGUAGUUUAAAAACAUUGAGUGAUUAAAUAGUGGUCUCUGACCGACUAAAUUCCCCAACAUUUGCCCAUGCCCUCCUCUGUCCCUUCUGGCUCUUGGUGCAGUACCACUAGCCUUUGUAUAUAAAGCUAAAAAGCAUGUUUACGUUCGUAUCCGUAUUUGUAUGGAAUGAGUCAGAAUUCGACAUGGCCUAUUGACAGUUGUCGUUUGCCUACCCAUAGGCGUUAUUCAGUUAUUUCCAUUAAGCGUAUGUCUUCUACUAGAAGUUCUCUUGUUAUUAAUUGUAAAUAUUCAUUAUCGUAUCGCACAAUAAAACCACCCGAUAUCUCCAAUAAGUCGACUGCAUUCAUGUUUAAACCAGAUCUGUAAAUAAUUUCCCAUGCUCCA